GGUGGGGCAGGGAGCAACAGCUACUACCUAGGACUCAGGAAGGGCUGCUGCUUGGAGUUUAUUAAUGGUGUUGUAAGGAAAGAGGAGAAUGAAGGGCUUUGGAAGUGUAAGUGGUUUUAGAGAUGGCUGGUUGGAGAAGGAGAUGAAAAAAGGCAUGUUUCUUCUCUUGGUGCUUCUGCCAGCUCGGAGAUACAGGGGGUAUGGACAAGAGGCUUCUCUUGCCACUUUAAUUCUCUUGGGAGAGAGCCCCAUGGGAGUGGGGUGCUGGGUGUGUGAUCUAGGGUGUCCCAAGAAGAUGCCAGCAAGAGGACUGCUGGAGCCCCAGAGCUCUGAGAAAGGGGCUAUUGGGAUGCCAGGGGCCCCACAAGCUGGGAAUACUGUUACUGACUUGACCAAGUGUACUAGGACCAGACUGAAUGCUGGGUAUCUACAGGAGAUGUCACUGGAGAGGACCUUGGCAUGGCAAAAGAUGAGACAGCAGUCAUCAUUGAGAAAGCUAAUGCCAGAGUCCUACCAGGUACUGAAGAGCAUAGAAUGAAGGCUGAAGUAUCAAAAAGGCCUGGGAGAUUAUUAUUUUUUGCCUGGAUAACAGAGAAGGUUGCAGUUUUCAUCAAGCUAGGAAUUCCCUGGGCUUAACAUCAAGAAGGAGGAUUCUGCUUUAAAGCAACUUCAAGGAGCGAAGCCCAGACAAUACGGAGCAAAGCCCCAGCAACCAGACGUCAAUAGCAAUGAUGCAGGAACCCCAAGAAAUGGUAGAGGAGACUGUCACUGUAGAGGAAGACCCUGGUACCCCGACAUCUCAUGUUUCUAUUGUGACUUCAGAAGAUGGGACCACAAGGAGGACGGAGACCAAGGUUACAAAAAUGGUCAAAACGGUCACAACUAGAACCGUCCGCCAGGUCCCUGUUGGGCCUGAUGGCCUCCCUGUGGUGGAUGGGUCGUCUCCCAUGGGCAGUUACACUGACUCUAUAGACAGGAGACACCUGAAGAAUGGGGAACGGUACAUAACACCGCAAGCAUCUUCCACCUUGACCCGCUCUUACAACAGCUACAACGACUCCUAUCCCGAUGGCCACGACACCCAGUACCGCCCAUUCAUGGGCCACGAUGGUUACGGAGACCUCCCUGACAACUAUGGCAGCUUGUCCCGGGGCGUCAAUUACCGUCCGCGUUACGCCUACAUCCCUGGGAACAGUUACCGGCCAGAGGACGGGAGUUUCACAUUGCCAACCAGGAGGGAUAACUACGGCCCAUUACCCCAACCCCAGGUGCCAACAGGGAGCAACGUGGACCUGAACCGCUCCCAGCCGGAACGAUUCCAGCCGGAACCGUACGGGCUCGAGGAUGAUAACCGCAGCCUUGGGGUUGACGAUGAGGGGUAUGAACUGGAUCCAGAGUAUUCGACUGUGAACCGUAGGACGUCAUCUGGGAUGCCUGAGAGAGGAAGGCCUCACAAAGGAAGCAGGGGCUAUGAUGAUCCUAUUGAGACUGAGAUUGUCGACGAUAGGCUCCCCUACCUCCAUGGCAGCUAUAUGGCUCCUUUGGCGCAGCCAGAACGGGGAAGCAUGGCCAGCAUCGACCGCCUGGGCAAGCGCUCGCCUUCCAUUGACAGCAUCCGCAAAGACCCCCGGUGGCGGGACCCCGACCUCCCCGAAGUCAUCGCCAUGCUCAGCCACCCCAUUGAUCCGGUCAAGUCCAAUGCGGCAGCGUACCUCCAACACCUGUGCUACGAGAACGAUAAAAUUAAGAAGGACGUGAGACACCUCAAAGGGAUUCCCAUCUUGGUGGGCCUGUUGGACCACCCAAAGCCCGAGGUGCACCGCAAAGCUUGCGGAGCGCUCAGAAAUAUAUCCUACGGGAAGGAUAAUGAGAAUAAGGUGGCAAUAAAGAAUUGCGAUGGAAUCCCAGCUUUGAUCAGGUUACUGCGGAAGACUAAUGACAUGGAAGUGCGGGAACUCAUUACAGGUACCCUUUGGAACUUGUCCUCCUAUGAGCCCCUCAAAAUGGUGAUCAUUAACCAUGGACUUCAGACGCUGACCAACGAAGUGAUCAUACCCCAUUCUGGCUGGGAGAAUGAGCCAAAUGAAGACUCAAAGCCUCGGGAUGCCGAGUGGACAACCGUCUUCAAGAACACAUCAGGAUGCCUGAGAAAUGUAAGUUCAGACGGAGCUGAAGCCCGCAGGAGACUCCGGGAGUGCGAUGGCUUGGUAGAUGCCCUCCUCCAUGCUCUGCAGUCUGCAGUGGGCAAGAAAGACACGGACAACAAGUCCGUGGAGAACUGUGUGUGCAUCAUGAGGAACCUCUCCUACCACGUCCACAAAGAAGUCCCGGGAGCCGACAAAUACCAGGAACUGGAAGCAAAUCAGCCUGGAGGCCUAGGGGGAUCUCAAAAGAAGAAAAAAGACGACGCGGGCUGCUUUGGAGGGAAGAAGGCCAAAGGGAAGAAGAAUGGAGAGGUGGACCGAAACUUUGAUACACUGGAUUUACCGAAGCGGUCUGAAUCAGCGAAAGGCUUUGAGCUGCUGUACCAGCCAGAAGUGGUGCGGCUUUAUCUCUCGAUUCUCACCGAAAGCCAGAAUUUCAACACCCUAGAAGCCGCAGCAGGGGCUUUGCAGAACCUCAGCGCCGGAAACUGGACAUGGUCCACAUACAUCCGGGCAACAGUGCGAAAGGAAAGGGGACUGCCAGUCCUUGUGGAGCUCCUCCAAUCCGAUUCCGACAAAGUGGUGAGAGCCGUGUCCAUUGCCCUGAGGAAUCUCUCCAUGGAUCGCCGCAAUAAGGAUCUCAUAGGUAGUUAUGCCAUGGGGGAGCUGGUAAGAAACUUACCUAGCAAGCAGCAGAGGUCUUCGAAAAACCUGGAGGAGGACACGGUAGUUGCAGUGCUGAACACCAUCCACGAAAUCAUUACCGACAGCGCCGAAAAUGCCAGGUCCCUGAUCCAGACGCAAGGCAUUCAGAAGCUGGUCGCUAUCAGCAAAUCGAGCCAGUCUUCCAGGGAAACAAAGGCAGCUUCGCACGUUCUUCAGAUGACCUGGAGUUACAAAGAGCUACGGAGCAUUUUGCAAAAGGAAGGCUGGAACAAAUCUCAUUUCCAGUCUGCGUCUGCUACUCCUAAGGGAUCCAAAGGUACCUCUUGCAAAUCCGGCUACGAUGACAGCACUCUGCCUCUCGUGGAUAAAAGUCAAGAUAAUGAGAAGAGUGGAAGUCGGGAUAUGAUUCCUAUGGAUGAACUCGGGCCAGAUGGCUACUCCACCAUUGAUCACCGGGACAAAGAGCGGAAAUACAAAGCCAAUGACAAUAUGGGGGAUGCGUCGGAGAAAGAACCACUAAAAAAUGACACAAAUAGGAAAACCAUUAACAGGAGUAACAGGGCCUCGGUGACUCUGGUGGAUGCCCGUGACCCUAAACCCCAGCCUGUUGACUCCUGGGUCUAAUUUGCAUGCAUGGGCUAAAGUCCAGUCGCUUGUUUUAUUAUUAUCAUUAUUGUUAUUAUUAUUAUUAUUUUUCCUCGACUAAAAAAAGAAGAAGAAUCAACAAACAGGAUCUCAUUAACUAACCAUCAUUGCCGUUCAGAUUUGGAAGGCCUUAGUGCUUGCGUCGGAACCAGUCAGGCUGUGGCAGGGUUGCAGACCAUCAGCCAAUCCUGGAGCAGCAUGCCUUACAUCAGGGAUCGUUCCUCUUUUUAAGAACCAAUCACACUCCCACCCAACAUCUCCCUUGCUCUCUCACUUUCCUGCAGAAGGAAGUGGGUUUUUUUUUUUUAAGGCAAGGUUACGUCGGACAGAUUCGGUCCUUAUUAGCUCACGUCUACAUGGGUGGUGCCAAGUUUAAGAGAUGAAGGUCAUGAGAUGGGUCAGAAGAUUAAGAAGAAGAAAAGAAUUCACACGUGAAAGAAAACUACCGUAUGUCUGGAGCGUAUCUUAGGUAUAGUCAUAAAAAGAACUAGCACUUUUUUCUUUUUGAACUGCGAUUUUUUUUAAAAAAACAACUCUUUUUUUGGUGGCCUGCUGUUGAGGUUUUUAUUCUUUGGUCCAUGGGAAAUGCGGAAGUGUUGAGUUGUGUUUGAUGGAUUUGGAUGACAGGCGAAAGAGUGGAGGGGAAAAGUCUUGGUUGCUUGGCUUGGAAAGAUGGAAGCUGAAACUGACGUGGGCUGUAUAAUUUGCUUUUGAAGUAAAUGCUGUCACACUGUGCUCUCUAUAUUAUCAUUAGUGUUCUGUUCAUCUGCCUUUUGACUUCUGUAAGGACCCUCUCUUUAUACUUCCAAACAUAUAAACAGUUCCUUUGAGAUUUUGCUGCCCUCAAAAAACACCCCUCCCCAAAUAUGGAUGACUUUUUGUUGUUGCUGAUGAGUCCUUUAUUUUCAACCUGUUGAUGUUGGGUUGAUGGCAACAUAAUGUCAGCAUUGUGAGGGGUUCCCCCCCCCGAUAGUAUUUAAGACUUUUGAAAAAGGUGGAAUCUUUCUUGGGAGCAAGAUGUACUUUGAAUGCAUCUGAAACUUCACGUGUCUGUUUUAUUUUUUGCUGGUAAAAAAAUAUAUAUAUUAAUCAUCAUUGCCCAUUGCUGGAUCUCAUGUGUGAUUUUGGCUAGGCUUAUUAACAGAGUGCUUCACAGGGAAGUAUAAUACGUUUUAAGCCACCCAGGUGUGGAUAGUUUAGUCUGUAAUUAAUUAGGUUUGUACACUUGAGGAAUGAUGACACCUUAUUUAUGUGCAAAGCCUUAUCGAAGAUCUCUCUCAUUAUGGGUCUUGGGUGAGAUGUUUGCUACUGGUGCAUAUAACGUUAUCCCUGUAUAUCACUGUAUACAGUGAUACGUUGUGCUUUAACUACAUUAAUUUCUUGGAGGUUUGGUCUGUUGCAGACAGAAGAUGAAAACAGAACUUCUAACAAUGCAAUACUAUACACGUAUGUUGACAAGUAAGUCCCAUUAAGUUCUAUGUGUCUUACUCGUGGGAAGAAGGUAUGGGAUUGCAAUUUAAGUUUCUAAUUCCACUUAAUCUGCCUUCUCUCUCUCUCUCUCUCUCUCUCUCUCUCUCUCUCUCUCUCUCUCUCUCUCUCUCUCUCUCUCUCUGUCGUUGCUAAAAUUAGUUGGUUGCCAUAUUCACUUAAACAAUGUGAUUGGAAAGCACUUUUUUUUUUAAUCCAGCAAAUUUAAUUUUGGGGAUCUCAGUGCCUGCUGUUUCCUUUGUAAUUUAAAAUGAAGGUGGGGUGGGGUGGGAUGAGAGUAAAAUAAAACAAAAAAAUUACUGUAUUAGUUAAACAUCUAACGUUUUUGUAAAAAAAUAAAAAUAAAAUAAAAAUCCAUUAAAAAAGACAAAAAGACAAAAAAACAAGCAUCAAAAGCUUUGUAUCUUCUGGAAUAUAAAGAAAAUAAAAUUUGACAUGAAUUGCAUAUAUAAAUAUAUAUCUAUAUAUUGUGCAGAAAAUAGGUUGCCAAAACCAUGUAUGUAAUGUUUGUAGCAGGAAAGCAUUUUGUAAUGUUUCAGGGAAAAAAGACAGAUGCCAGAAGGUAUUUGGCAAUUUGAAUGGUGCAGACACAAGCAUAUACCCACUCCACCCCCCCAUCCCAUCACAGUCAUGCAACUGGGAUUAUCUCUGAGUCUUUUUAAGGAAGCAGAGCAUUUGGUAGCAAAGUCAGAUUGCAGUGACCUAUAGGAGGGAGGCCAACGCUGGCCAAAGAUCUCUCAUUGGCCAAAGAACCGGGGGCAAGUGGAUCUAUUUGGAUUCUAACUGGGCAUCUCUUUGCCUCCCAUGAUCUAAACAGGAAAGAGUUGAAACAGGCUCAAAAUCCUUCUCGCUCUAACAAUGGUGCUCUUUUCAUACUUCUACUCUUGAUAGGUGAAGACCCUUUUAACUGGGCUGUACAUUUUUAUACCAUCUUUAAGAAUCGUGUGUAGUACUUUUUUUGUAUACAAAGGGGUUUGUUUGUUUUAAAAAAAUGCUUGUCUGCAAGUUGUAACUAAUUGAGUCUGCUCAGUAGUUUUCUAUAGUUCUCUAUAGUGUUAUGCUCUGUAGUCUCAACCACCCUGGCUUCAAUCUGUGUUUUGGUCCUUCUUGUUAUUUACCAAAAGGCUGGAAGUAAAAAUGCCCCUGGGGGGGAGGGGAAAUCUCCCGCAUCUUUUCACUGGUAUUUCUGAUGAACAUGUGACUACUCUUUCCUGCUGCGGACCAUUCCAAAGAUCUCACAGGUCUUCUAAUACUUUGAAGUAGAGAGUGACACCCAAUCUGAGGUCUAAUUUCCCCUGGGAGGUUAAUAGAGGUUGGAGGAAAUGGCAAGGGGGGGGGAAUUGCCGGCAACAGAGCCACAUGGAACACAGAAGUGAGUGAUGGCUUAGAGGGUGGGCACACUUACACAGCAGGCUUCCUCAGGGCUGUGUGUCUAAUGGGUGGAUGCUCUUAAAGGGGAAGAAGGCAGAGCUCAGUUUGCAUUGACCAGAGGGAAGGCUUCAUUCUUCUGCUCAAUCUGGAGACCUCAUUGGUCUGUGUAACUGAUUGAGGCUGCCGCAUCUGGCUAUUGGUUUUCCCCUCUCUCUAAAAAUGCAGGUUGCCCAUAUCUUGCCUAGGCAGCUUGAAUCCUUCUCAAGGGCCCUGGGGCAUUUCACUUCCGCAAGGGGUUUGAGGAUUAAUGGCAUAAUUCUUGGAACGGUGACAGAGCUAGCAUAGGAAGCCGCUUAGAUAGAGUCAGGGCAGUGGCGAGCCUAUCCCUGUGUUGUCCCUGUAUAGUUCAGUGGUAGAGCAUCUGCCUUGAACGCAGAAGGUCCCAGGUUCAAUCCCCAGCAUCUCCAGCUAGGGCUAGGAGACACUCCCUACAUGAAACCCUAGAGAGCUGCUGCCAGUCAGUGUGGACAAUACUGGGUUAGAUGGCCCAAAUGAUCUGACAGUAUAAGGCAGCUUCGUAUGUAUGCAUGAUUCAGGCAGAGGCGCUCACUUAUGACUGCAGGCAUGAUCAAGGAGAGGUUCACCCAGCUUGUAGCUGGUACUAACCUCCCUCCUGCAAGCCACUAGUACCUCCUUCCCCAGAAGCUGAUUUUGAAAAAGGAGGAAGCGGCAGUGGGCAGACAUUCUCUCAGGUCCCAGAGGACUAUCUUUUCCCCAUUUCUGGGACUCAUUCCUGCCAGCUUGCAUUAAACACUCAUAAAACCUGUGAGCCUUUGUGGGCAUUAGAUUGGAAACCUGGUGGGGGAUCACCUUUUGGGGGGCUGAGCGGUGGGAAUCCUCUGGUUGCCAGCGGCUCUGCAGGGUUUCCGGUGAGGGUGUUGCCUAGUCCUGCUAGCCAAGAUCCUUCAGCUCGAGCUGCUGGAGAUCCAACCUGGGACUUUCAGUAUGCAAGAUGUUCAUUCCGCCUGUGAGUGAGGGACCCCUCUACAGGCUUGUCUGGAAACCCAACUCAAUCGUGCCCGUAAGACCAAUACAUUUAACCAAAUUCCCCCGGUGAAGUGAUGACCGUUUAGCUCAUUUGAAACCCGUUGGGAAGUUGUAUCGUGCGUGGUGUUUUUAAGUGCCUUAACUUCGAAGCGAGGCCAGAUCCAAAACACUCUGCGCAAAGAUGCCACUGAUGUUGUAAUCUGGAGCAGACACUUAGCCAGCGGUGGCCAGGAGUGUAGUCGUCCAGGGUCUCAGGGGGCCUUAGACCCCUUACGUUUAUAGAAGCCAGGUCCCAGCAAGGUUCCUACAUCUCUAGCAUCCUAUGAGCCAAGCAGCAUGAAAGGGGAGUGUGUUAGCCACUGAGAAGAGUCUUCUAAUUUGCUUCCUUGUUUCUUCCUGCCGAUUGGAGCCAAUCAGGGUGAAAGGUGAGUCAAUCACUGAGAAGUCAGUGAGAAGUCAAUCACCUUUUCAUGCUUCUUAGCUCCUAGGGAUGUAUGUUGUUGUGGGAGAAGGCACUAACAAGGAUAGAGAAGCAGAAAGCUAUAUUCACACCUGGCCAGAUUAUUCUCUAAUCUUAGAAGGUUGUGUAGUCUUCAAAGGGGUGUGGCUGUGGCUGUCAUGAAGGGACCCUGCACUUCUGAAUUUGCCACUAGACCACUGGUGGUGGCUGGUCCAUUAGUGCGAAUGCAUCACUGCCCCACCAUGCACAGUCUGUCCUCAGCCAUCCCCCUACCUACCUGCCUCCUUACUUACAACCACCUGCCAUUGGCUCUGGCUCUACCUACUGUCUGCCUCCCUGCCUUCCGCCCUACCAGUCUCAGUAGGCACCGGCCUCUACUGCACUUAACAAUCACAUCAGGCCAGCCACCUCUAUAAGGACCCAAAGGGAAGGGCAUUUGAUGAGUCGGCCAAUGCUCCAAAAGGAUUUGUCUGUAGCUCGGGGCUGGCUUCUCUCUCCAGGGACCAAACUAGCUGCUAGGAUCACUUGCUCUGCUUUUAACCCUCUCACUACCCCCUUGCACGUUCGCAGCGCUUGUAACAGCUUGUUUCUGUCUGUCUUGUUGGUCCGCCAAAGCUUCUUGUCGUGGACCCCCCCCCCAAUACUCGUGUGUGAGACAUAAAAGCGGUGGAAGAUAAAAUAUAGGCGUUGUGCACCGGGACUGUCUAGGUGGCUGCUCUUCCCGUGUUCAAUCCAGUGACAACUUUCCUGCUUGUGUGUAGCAAUAAGUAGGUGUUAAAUAGGUCAGUUGCAGGCAUCUUAACCAGCACUGCUAGUAUGCCACUCCUAGUAACCCCCUGAACUUUCAGUGAGCUGUCCAAGGUGCUGAACCUACUUUUGGGAAUAGGUUUCAGCAUCUUGGACAGUUCCACAAAAGUUUGGACUGAAAUCUAGAGCACAUUUACUGUCCCACUGACCUUGGAACCACCAUUCUCCAUUGGCUCCGAUGUACCUUUCCGUGAGCAAUAACCAAAAAAGAGAGAGAGAAAAGAAUGACCCUUUUCAGUAACCCUUCCACUGAGAAUGUCACUGGUUCAUCAGAACCCACCUGCUGGCAUCUGGUUGCUCAAAAUGGAGCCUCCAUGUUCAGGAGCACUCUGUACCUCUUAUUUCUGUUGGGGAAGUCUCCCCUCCCACCAAGCAGGGAUCACAAACACACAGGAUGAGAGUGCAGAGCAGCCUUUCCAACUUCGGGCCCUCCAGAUGUUGUUGGCCUCUCAACGUUUUGCAAGCAAUUUCCCCUAAUACAGUGGAGGGGGAGGGAUUUCCAGCCCAUGGGCCAGAUUUGGCCCACAGGGCCUCCCCAUGUGGCCCAUGAGGUUGUUGGGUUUUUUUUUUUUAAAAAAAAGUCCACCUGUCCCACACCCGUGUGACAUCAAGCAUGGGGCAGGUAGAGACACAGCUGGAUUGACUGCUCAUGCAGCCCAUCCCUGUACAAAGCAGGAUUGAAUUCCCCACGCAUCAGCUGAUGUACAAGGAGCUCAAUCCUGCUUGGUCACAAACUCCUCACCCCACCCCAGUGUGGGCCAACUUUGACAGGUGGGUGGUGCUACCCACAUGUCAAUCACCCAAUGUCAAUAUGACACCUGGUGACUGACAGGUGGGUGGUCCCACCUACCUGUCAAAGGGCCCACAGGGUGGGAGGAAAAUAAAGAUUUGGCCUGCCAGACCAAAAAAGUUCCCCACUCCUGCACUAAUUUCACUAAUAUAUGCAUCUGUAUAUACAUGUUCCCCUAAUAUAUGAAUCAUAGAAUAGUAAUGUUGGAAGGGGCCUAUAAGGCCAUCAAGUCCAACCCCCAGCUGAAUGCAAGAAUCCAACUUAAAGCAUACCCAACAGGUGGCUGUCUAGCUGCCUCUUGAAUGCCUCCAGUGAUGAAGAGCCCACCAUCUCCCUAAGUUAUUGGUUCCAUUGUUAUACCGCUCUAACAGGAAGUUUUUCCUGGUACAGUAUUCCGUCGAAAUCUAGCUUCCUGUAACUUACACUCCUGGACUAGAUAGAUAUGCCUCUGAAUGACAAUUGCUGGGAAUUGCAGGUGUGGAGAGUGCUGUUGCACUUGAGUCCUUCUUUUGGGCCUCCUGUAGAUACCCAGUUGGCCACUGUGAGAAGAGGAUGGUGGACCAGUUGGGCCAAUGGCCAGAUCCAGAGGUGCACUUCUUGUGUUCUUCAGAUCUUUGGUCUAAUCCAGCAAGGCUCUUCUUAGGCUCUUAACUAUCAUGGCUCAGACUUGGCAGUGUGGUGCUCUUGUUCUGCUGACCAUCAGUCUUUAGAGACAGGUCGGGCUUAUAUUUAUUGUGCCAAAUCUCCAGAUUAAGCCAAUCCACUCUAUCGUUCUGAGCCACCAUCCUUGUUCUCUCAGUGAUGGAUGGGGUUUGUGGGAUACUGCUUUCAACCAAUGAUUGAGAGGGGAGGAACCACUAGCCCUCCAGAUGUUGUUCGCUACAGCUCCCAUCAUCCCUGACCAUUGGCUAUGCUGGCUGGGGCUGAUGGGAGUUGGAAUCCAACAGCAUCUGGAGGGCCACUGGUUUCCCAUCCUUGUUUUAAAGGGUGGCACAAUCCACAGUGGUCAGAGAGAUCAGAUAGGAAGAUAGGAAGCUGCCGUAUACCGAGUCAGACCAUAGGUCCAUCUAGCUCAGUAUUGUCUACACUGAAUGGCAGCAGCUCUCUAGGGUUUCAGGCAGGGAGUCUCCCCCAGCCCCACCUGGAGAUGCCAGGGAUUGAACCGGGGACCUUUUGCAUGCAAAGGCACGUGUUCGACCACUGAGCUACGUCCCUUCCGCAGUGCCGUGUGCUGAUGGGAUAUGAGCUACUCGUUGAUGCCAGGCAGAGUCUUUUCAUCUCAUUCCAUCAAAGCUUACCCACAGCUCUGAGACCACUCGGAUGCUGAAUAUCCCCCUUUGUCACUCCUUAGCCCCCUCUGGCAGUUUCAGGCAGAUCUUAGAUGCCAAAGAGAUGGCAGGAGUAUUGGAAUAAUACCUGUGCAGGACAGGCUGGGAUGAAUCAUGAUAGUUUCAUUGUCUUCUGCUGGUACCUGUUUUGGGUGUGUGUGCUCCCAUGUGGCCAACCUGCUCUAUUUGGGCAGAUGAUGCCCUCCAUGUUUUGAAGGUAUUUUUGGCCAAUUAUACCUUGGAAAUCAGUGGCCAGGUAUAUGUUUCCAAGAUAGUUUGAGUGAAAUAGUGGUGAUGGAAUGAAGUCUUAUGAUUUCAAGAGACGAGGUAUCCGUAAAUAUCAUAUAAAUGUAUCUUGAAGAUGAUCAGUGCUAGAUAUGACCCCAAGGUAACGUUCAACAUUUGGCUUGAAAGUGGGUUGGGAAGGGAAAGAAAGGUUCCAUGAAACUCUUCCCCCCCCCUUCACCUUUUGUUGUUGUUGCUACAGCUUGUUUCUUGCAUUGAAGGAAAUUGUGUCCCAGUUGCUGGUGGGCAUCUUUUUUUAAAAAAAGGCUUCACAGUGAGGGCAGGAAACAUUUGUCCUCACUCUGAAUUGGCUUUAUGACAAUUCCAUGUCCUCGCAUAGCGUCAUCCCAAAGUAAUCAGACUGAGGGCAGUGCUUCUUUCCCUGACUCUGAUCUAUUGUGGGUGACACUCCUCAAUAACAGGGAAUAUAAUCAAUACUGCUGUAGGGUGAUCCCCACAUUCCCCCCCCCCGGUCAUGCGCUAAUACAUGCUGCUAACACGCGUAAGCCACUUCCACAUUUAGACAGGUUGGAACUCUGGUGUAUUAAGUUAUGUUCUGGAUAUGUUCAGAUGUGUUUUCCUGUGCAAGAACAGCCUUUCCUAGCCUUGUGUCCUCCAGAUGUUGUUGGACUCCAACUCCCAUCAACCCCAGCCAGCACGGCUCAGUGUAAUCUACAAGACCUGGAGUGUGUCACGUUGGCUGCCCCUGAGCUACGUUUACAAACCAGGUGCUAUGAUGCUAAGGAUGGGAUCCAUUGGCUGGUGCUGGUUCGAAACCAUUCCAUUGACCUAACAGGCUGGUAUCAAUUUGAGUUCGUUCUUUGUCCACUAGCCACUGCUUACAUCAAUCUGUUUCCCUCUCCUCUCGGAAAAAAUAGUGAUAUUAAUAUCGAUAUUUUUGAAGGAGAUGUUUUGAAGGGAAAUGUUGAUAAAUUCAAGGAAAUACUGAUACAUUGAAGGAAAUAUUGAUACAAAUAUCGAUAUUAAUAUCACUAUUUUAGAUGCAGGUUUUUUAAAAACCAUUUCUGAAAAUAGCUGCGGGAAAUCACAACAUAAAAAUCUGAUCUGCAACAAUAGUGAAGAAGCUAAUUAAUGGAAAAUUUGGGACCAAAUCUGAAUUGGGUGGAAUUCUAGCACAUCCCCACAUGAUACAUACAGUGAGUUGUGAAGCGAUGAGCACAUUUGUGUGUCUGUGUGCAUGCGUUGGGCCUUAGCAGUGUGCCUCAGCUAUGUCCCAAUGUAGGUACCACCAUCACAAUCCACCUCAUGCCACAAUAAACCCCCAGCAAAUUGUCUCUUAAGGUGCCACCCAGCAGUUUGGGCUCUCGUGUCUUUUGAAACAUAAGAUGAGGGGUGGUUUAAGGAUGAGUGGAGAGCUGGGGAUAGUCCCACAUUUGAAGCAGGUGUAAGAUAACAAAAUAGCGAGCGGACCCCGCAUAUCCAGCAGCAGGCAGAACAAAGCCACUCUUGACUGAUGCAACCUCCUGGUGAAUGAGUAGCCAAUGUGCUUGUAACAAUCAUGUGCCUUAAAAUUUUCUCGUUGCGGGGCAGGAAGGAAAUAACCCAAACCCUAAAAAAAAAAAAAAGGAAUCUUUUGUUUUAAAAAAAAGUUAAAACCAAUGUGUGCUUCUGUAAUUUUCCUCAACAUGAUCGCUAUGGUUUUAGACUUGGGGAGGGUGGUGGUGGUGGGGGAGUUCUUUUGCAUUGUAUUUACACUGUACUAUAAACAGACCGGUUUGGUUUUAAGACUAAAGAAAGGGAGGGGUGGAAGGAUUAUGCUUUCACAGAACCAAUGUCUAACGUAACCCGAAUGUAUUGCUAUACUAGGAACUUUCCGUAACACAGACAAGUAGAAUGCUUGUUGAAACCAGGUGUGUAGGUUAACCAUUUGGUGUGUUUUCAAUAAACAAUGCCUGGAACGAA